AUGAAGAAGUCCAUCUACAUUUCGAUCCCUAAGAAACCGGGUACAGCUGAAUGUGACCAACAUCGUACAAUCAGCCUGAUGGGUCACCUCACCAAAGUUCUUUUACGAAUACUCAUGAAGAGAAUGAGAAAUGAAAUACUCCCAGAAAUAUCAGAAACGCAAUUUAGAUUCAUGGCAGACAAAGGCACCAGAAAUACAAUCUUCGCAUUGAAAACUUUCCUGGAAAGAUCCAUCGAGGUCCAGAAAGACUUAUACCUCUGUCUCAUCGAUUACUCAAAAGCGUUCGACAACAUACGACACUCUGACUUGUUUGAUAUUCUGACAGGGCUAUACAUCGACGGGAAAGAACUUCGAGUCCUCAGAAACAUAUUGGGAACAGGAGACAGUCAUUAG